UUUAGCUUAGAGAAGCCACCAGAAUUUAAAGGACCAUUAGAACCCAAUACAUUAUUACAGAAAGCAAGUAGAUUAUAUUUAGAUGAAGUUAAAGGACCAGAGUCUAUAGUUGUAGAUGGAGGCAAGUUGUUUUAUCAUGUUUAUACUGGUACCAUGGAUGGCAAGGUCAUUGAUAUCUUUCAAGGUCAUGUCAAGGUUUUAGCUCAACUUGGAAAACCUCCCUGUGGUAAAUUUGAAGAUGAACCAACUUGUGGACGACCUCUAGGGUUAAAACUAGAUAAAGAAGGAUAUUUAAUUGUAGUUGAUGCUUAUUUAGGAUUAUAUAGGAUCAAUGUAGCUACAGGUAAUAUUAAUUUUUUGUUUGAUUCUAAAGAGAAGAUAUUAGGCUAUAGACCUGUAUUUUUAAAUGAUGUAGUUAUAUUAAAAGAUGGUACUAUGUAUAUUACUGACUCUAGUAGAAAAUGGGAUCGAAGACAUCAUCCUUACAGUAUUCUAGAGGCAGAGGACUCCGGCAGGUUAUUAAAAUUUUCUAAAGGUAAAAUGACUGAAGAAGUUACUGGUAUUAGUUUUGCUAAUGGUGUAGUUUUGUCUAAAAAUGAAGAUUUUGUGUUGAUAUGUGAAACUACAAAAGCCAGAAUUUUAAAGUAUCAUCUAUCUGGUAAUAAAAAAGGUGAAUUAGAAAUCUGGUCUGAUAAUUUACCUGGAUUACCUGAUAAUAUCCGUCCCACUAGUAGAGGUACUUACUGGGUUGGACUAACUGGUGUACGAAGGGCUGAUAAAUUUAAUUUUCUAGAUUUUGUUUGUGAUAAACCCUGGAUUAAGACUCUUGUUACAAAGGUUUUAUCAAUGGAUCUAAUAAAAAAAGUAGUACCUAAAUAUGGUUUAUUGAUUGAAGUAAACAGCGAGGGUAAAAUAGUACGAAGUUUACACGAUCCCACUGGAGAGAAAAUCCCUGCUAUCAGUGAGGCAGAGGAACAUAAUGGAGUUAUUUACCUUGGUUCAUAUAAUUUACCGUAUAUUAGUAAACUAUAUGUUAAUGAUCUGAAAUAA